CCAAAAAACAAAAAAAGAGAAUCAACCGAACCAAUCAAACAGAACGUCAAAAUUUCGGUUUCAUCUUCUUCUGUACCCUCCACACUGCACGUUCUGUCAAAGGAAAACAGGUUUUUUUGUACGGUAACCAAAGGAAAACAGGAUCGAAGUUUGCAUUAUUAUAUAAGAGUUCGCUUAUUGGGGUGGUGGAUUAGAGAUCUGGGUCUUGAAGAUCAUUAAAUAAAAAAAAGAAAAAGAAAAAAAGAAAGGAGAUCUGGGUCUUGGUUGAUUGAAGAUGAGGAGUUCAGACGAGAAGGUGGUUGCUGUGAUCAUGGUGGGAGGACCCACGAAAGGUACUCGAUUUCGACCUUUGUCAUUGAAUAUUCCCAAGCCUCUGUUUCCUUUAGCAGGACAACCAAUGGUUCACCACCCAAUUUCUGCUUGUAAAAGGAUUCCAAACCUGGCACAGAUCUAUCUGGUAGGUUUCUAUGAGGAGCGUGAAUUUGCAUUGUAUGUCUCAUCAAUAUCUAAUGAGCUUAAAGUUCCUGUCAGGUAUUUGAAGGAAGAAAAGCCACAUGGUUCAGCUGGGGGACUGUAUAACUUCAGAGAUCUGAUCAUGGAAGACAAUCCGUCUCAUGUCUUCUUGCUGAACUGCGAUGUUUGCUGCAGUUUUCCACUGCCAGAAAUGCUUGAGGCACACAAAAGAUAUGGUGGGAUGGGCACUAUCCUAGUAAUCAAGGUUUCAGCUGAGUCAGCCAGUGAGUUUGGGGAGUUAGUAGCAGAUCCAAUUACCAAUGAACUCUUGCAUUAUACUGAGAAACCUGAAACUUUCGUAAGUGACCGGAUAAAUUGUGGUGUCUAUGUAUUUACACCAGAUAUUUUUACUGCCAUCCAGGGUGUUUCCUCUCAAAGGAAAGACAGAGCUAAUCUGAGACGUAUGUCCAGCUUUGAUGCCCUCCAGUCAGCUGCAAGGAAUCCUCCCACAGAUUUUGUCAGACUAGAUCAAGACAUCCUGACCCCUCUUGCAGGAAAGAAGCAAUUAUAUACAUAUGAAACCAUGGAUUUCUGGGAACAAAUUAAAACCCCUGGAAUGUCCCUAAAAUGCUCUGCUUUGUAUCUUGCCCAAUUUCGAUUUACCUCCCCCAAUCUCUUGGCUCAUGGAGAUGGUACAAAUAGUGCAACAAUUAUUGGUGAUGUGUAUAUUCAUCCAUCAGCAAAAGUGCAUCCAAGUGCCAAGAUUGGUCCUAAUGUCUCAAUCUCUGCCAAUGCUCGCAUAGGAGCAGGUGUAAGGCUUAUCAGUUGUAUCAUCCUUGAUGGUGUUGAAAUUAUGGAAAAUGCAGUUGUUACCAACGCAAUUGUUGGGUGGAAGUCUUUAAUUGGUAGAUGGUCCCGGGUUCAGGCUGGAGGACAUUACAAUGCUAAACUUGGCAUUACAAUUCUUGGAGAAGCAGUGGCAGUUGAAGAUGAAGUAGUAGUGACCAAUAGCAUUGUUCUUCCCCACAAGACGCUCAAUGUUAGUGUCCAAGAAGAAAUCCUCCUGUAACAACUCCAUCUCAUAACCAUUUGCAGAAUACAAGCACUCUCAAACUUUUGUAAUUCUAUUAAUAAUUUGUAAAUUGAGUCUGCUUCCAGAUUAGAAUAAGGAAUUUUGGGUUACUUUUAUCAUGUACAAGCACAUUUCAGUUUUCAUAUGGUAAUAAUAAUAUUAUGACUGCUUU